AUGUCGAACUCGCCAGCUUACUCACCCCAGACAAUCAAAGCUCACACCAUUUCGAUCGAUUCCCUAGCAAAUUAUCCUAGCAUUCACUCCGUGCGCAUCACCUGGGUUGAUCUAGUCAACGUUAUUAGCAUCCGCGUUGUCCCUCUCAAAUCCUUCCAUCGCCUCCUCGCCUCCUCCAGACCGGGUAUAACCAUCGCCCAAUGUGUCUUUGGCUUCGUAAUUAAGAGGACCGCAGCUGGGUUUGGGCCUACAGGGGAGUAUCUGUUUGUGGUGGACUUGUCAUCUAUGAGGUUGUGUCCCUACGCGCCAGGACAUGUAAGUAUUAUGGGCUGGUUCCAAGAUAAGGUCCCUGCUCCAGGCCGCAUCCUUGGCACGGGUGUGCCCAUGUGUCCACGAUCAGCACUGAAUCGUAUCGUCAACACCGCCAAAUCUUACAAUGCCGCGUUCCUUGUUGGAUUUGAGACCGAAUUCAUUCUCCUCAAAAGCACCAACCCGAUCGAGGCGAUCAAUCCACACGGAUGGAACCACACGCGAGCGCUACCUUCCGGAACCAAGGAGACAGAAGUUCUUGAGGAGAUUGCACGUGGACUCAUCAACAGCGGAAUCGAACUGACAAUGUAUCAUUCUGAAGCAGCGCCGGGGCAGUACGAGAUCGUGACGGGUCCACUCCCACCUCUUGAAGCUGCCGAUGCGCUCGUGCACACACGGGAGACGAUCACCAACGUCGCAAGCAAACACGGGUUUCAUGCGACGUUUGCACCAAGGUUACAUAUGGACACCUGUGGCAGUGCAGCUCACACUCACAUCUCCGUGCACCCCAUCAAUUCCGAGCAUCCAUCCAAACUUCAAAAUCUGAGCCAAUCUCCAGCGGACACAUCAGACAAUCCUAUCACCCCUCUUGAAAGCGUUUUCCUAGCUGGUGUACUCAGUCACCUCCGAGCUUCCUGUGCAUUCACACUCCCCUUACGUGCCUCCUAUGCACGCAUGCUCGAUGGAAUUUGGAGCGGCGGGACAUGGGUCGCGUGGGGCAGGGAUAACCGUGAGGCGCCCGUACGCUUGUGUAUUCCUCCUGCAUCUGUAGACACAGAGGUUGCGACCAACGCCCCCUCGAAGAACCACUUCGAAGUAAAAUGUGUAGACGGCACGUCUUCCCCUUACCUCGUCCUCGCCAGUCUCAUCGGCUCUGGCCUUCUUGGCAUCCAGUCUCAAGCACCGCUCGUAGAGCAAGAUUGUGAUACGCCCGCUGCGCUGAUGACUGAGGCAGAAAGGCAGGCAGUGGGCGUAACGCAGCGGAUGCCGAUGUCUUGGGAGGAGGCAAGGGCCGCAUUGGAGGCAGAUGAGGCAUUGAAGAGCCUUCUUGGAGGCCUGGUAGAGGGAUUCUUAGCAGCGGGGGAGACUUUGGAUGAGCUUUUACACGCUCCGGCGAGCGAAGCGGAGAGAGUACAGAUGCUCGUUGAGCAUUAUUAA